CUCAGCGCCAUUUUCGGCAGCGACGGAGGAAAGAUCGACUGGUCUAACUUCUCUCCUGAGGCCUUGGGCAUGCAACUGAACUACGAUGAGAUGAGCACGGACGAGCUUGACAAGGUUGUAGACGCGUUUGUGCGUCUUGGGUUGAUCUCUCCUGAGGAGAGAGAAUCGUUCGGCGCUUCUCUUGUUGACCCCUCGAUGCGCAACAUGCUUCAGGCAGUUCAGGAAAACUGGAGCGAUACCAUGGACAAGGUUAUGAAGGACCCUGACUACUUAAAGUUCCUCAAGGGAUUCCAGAAUAACAUCGAUGAGAAUGCAUUGGCUACAAUUGUGGGGUUGAAGAGUGGUCUUGGUGGCGCUAUUAGUGGCCGGGACAUUACUGGCAAGCAGGAGGGGGUAGAGGAGGAGCAGUAA